AUGAAGGUGCUCUUGCUGCUGGCUCUGCUCGGCUGGGCAGCUGCCUUGCCCGAUGACAGGAUCGUAGGAGGCUAUGAGUGCGUGCAGAACUCUGUGCCUUACCAGGUCUCUCUGUUCACUGGGUACAACCACUGCGGAGGGGUGCUGCUGUCAGACCGCUGGGUGCUGUCGGCCGCUCACUGCAAAACUAAGUCGGAUGUGGAGUUGCGUCUGGGGGAGCAUGACAUCUGGGAGGAGGAGGGCACAGAGCAGUACAUCGUGUCCGCAGGCUUCAUCAGACAUCCAGACUACAACCCCCGCACCAUGGACAGCGACAUCAUGCUGAUCAGACUCAGCCAACCCGCCACGUUCAACGCCUUUGUCCAGCCCGCCACGCUGCCCUCCGCCUGCGCCAAGGAUGGGACCAUGUGCUCAGUGUCCGGAUGGGGGAACCUGCGGUCCAGCAACGAGGGAUCCCGGUAUCCGGCGAAACUGCAGUGUCUGGAGCUGCCUCUGCUGAGCGACGACACAUGCUUCAACUCCCACCCGUUUCAAAUCACAGAAAACAUGAUCUGUGCUGGCUUCCUGGAAGGAGAAAAAGACUCCUGCCAGGGCGACUCCGGAGGGCCCCUGGUGUGUGAUGGAGAGCUGCAGGGAGUGGUGUCCUGGGGCAAAGGCUGCGCGCUCAGGAACAAACCCGGAGUGUACACUAAACUCCGCGUGUCCGCCCGUGCCUCUGCCGGGGACCGUGGGGCGUGUGGAGGUCUACUGAGCUGGAAGUCGCUCUAUGCUUUGUGCGCGCGGAGAAUGAAGAUGAAGAUGAAGAUGAAGAUGAUGCGCGCCGCCGCAGCAGAGCAUCUCACAGCGAGCAGAAGCAGACUGAUGGAGUUAAAGGGGCUGCUGAAGAGGCUGAGCGCCGCAGUCCGAGCCCUCCUCACCUUCCUCUUCGCUCUUCUGGUCCUGAGUGUCAUGGCCUGGGCGUACGUCCAGGGCUUCCAACUUGUCACCUCCAAAUACGGCAUAAUCUCCUUCGGCCUCUACGGUCUACUCCUCGGGCUCCACCUUCUCGUUCAGAGCUUCUUUGCUUUCGUAGAGCACCGUCGAAUGAAAGCCCGUGUAGACCCAUGUUCUUACACUAAAACCAUUGGCUUCACAAUAGCGGCCUAUCAAGAAGACCCUGAUUAUCUGCGGGAGUGUCUGCUGUCUAUACGAGCUCUGAAAUACCCGCCUGAGCUUCUGCGAAUUAUCAUGGUGGUGGACGGAAACUCUGAAGACGACGGCUACAUGAUGGACAUGUUCAGACAGGUUUUCGCGGACCAGGAUCUGGCCUGGUAUGUCUGGAAGCACAACUAUCACUCCUGGGACCCCAACACGCCCCCGGACUAUGGAGAUGUUGCAGUGGCACUGAGUCUGGGUGCGCACUUCACUGUGGGAGAAGACCCUCAGAGCAAAGUGGUGGAAAAGCUGAUCCAGAGACACCGCUGCGUGUGCAUCAUGCAGAAGUGGGGAGGCAAGCGGGAGGUGAUGUACACGGCGUUCAAAACACUGGGGGCCUCAGUCGACUACAUCCAGGUGUGCGACUCGGACACAAAGCUGGACCCGUUGGCCACAGAAGAGCUGUGUAAAGUGCUGGAGAGUGACCCCACGUACGGGGCAGUGGGAGGGGACGUGAUGAUCCUAAACAGUAAAGACUCCUUCGUCAGCUUCAUGAGCAGCCUGCGAUACUGGAUGGCCUUCAACGUGGAGCGUGCGUGCCAGUCCUACUUCAACUGUGUUUCCUGCAUCAGUGGACCGUUAGGGCUGUACAGAAAUGACCUCCUGCAGCAGUUCCUGGAGUCCUGGUACCAUCAGAAGUUUCUGGGCACACACUGCACGUUUGGGGACGACCGCCACCUCACCAACCGGAUGUUGAGUUUGGGCUUUGCCACGAAGUACACCGCUCGCUCCAAGUGCUACACAGAGACCCCGGCUCAGUUCCUGCGUUGGCUCAACCAGCAGACGCGAUGGACCAAGUCAUACUUCCGAGAGUGGCUCUUCAACGCCAUGUGGUGGCACAAGCACCACCUGUGGAUGACCUACGAGUCCAUCGUGUCGGGCAUCUUUCCCUUCUUCGUGACCGCCACCAUCAUCAACCUCUUCUGGACGGGCACGCUCUGGGACAUCAUGUGGAUCUUGUGCUGCAUCCAGAUCAUCGGUCUGCUCAAAGCUCUGUACGCUGGGCUCCUCCGCAAAGAUCCAAUUAUGGUCUUCAUGUCUCUAUACUCUGCCCUGUACAUGACCAGCAUGCUACCCGCCAAGUACUUUGCCAUCCUGACCAUCAACAAGCGCAGCUGGGGGACCUCUGGGCGCAAGAAAAUAGUGGGAAACUACGUACCCUUGCUCCCGCUGUCGGUGUGGGGUGCCAUUUUGUUAGCAGGCAUUGGCCACACCAUCUACAAGGAGAGCCUUUUGGGCUGGCUCACCCCUCCGCGGCUUCUGGAGGUCCAGUUCCUCAUCUACGGCUUCGUGGCGUACGCUUGCUACUGGUCGACCAUGGUGCUGCUCUACUGGGUCUGGUUUAGGCGCGCGUGUGGCAAGUGCACGCCAGAGAACGGCCACGAGGUGUAG